AUGUUGACCGCUGACACGCCCACCAAACACGACCACGACCACGACCACGGCCACGACCACGGCCACGACCACGGCCACGGCCACGACGCACCUCCGCCCCGCCGCCUGCCCUCGCCGGCGAACGCUCGCAAUGGCGCCUACUCGCUGGCGCAGAUGCCGCUGUCCAUCCUCAGCUCCGUGCUGCGUUGCCAGCCCCAGUCGCCGGCGGCUCCCACGCAAGACGCCGCCUCUCCUGCGGUCGCUCCCUACAACGCUGCCACCCACGUCGCCUCUCCCGCGCCCUCUCGCCCCGUCUCCGCCGGCAGCAGCGCAGUGGCCGGCGAGAGGCCCCGCAAGAAGGCCCCGCGCCCGAAGACGUCCUACAUCAUCGCCCACCCUCCGCCGACCGUCCACCCGCGCUCCAAGCUGCACAUCCGCCCCAAGGUGCAGCUGCAGCUGCACCAGGUCCUGGCCGCCCAGCGCCCCAAGCCCGUCUACGAAGUCAUCCCGCUGUCGCUCCUCGCGCCCCGCUCCACGCGCCGGCUGGCCCGCGCCUUCAACACGCGGGAGCGGCUCGGCCACCACGACCUGCUCGUUGUCAGGGCUGCCGCAUACGGCCACACCGACGAAGACCACAAGUCGGACGACGAACGAUGGGGGUCGCGAGAGGUCGUCGCCGUCAUCUGCCCCGCCAAGGCUGAAAGAGGUCACGUCGUGAGCCACACGGAGAUCUGCAUGGACGACGGAACGAGCCGCUGGGAAGUCGUCGCCAUGGCCAACGGCGGCUACGAGUUCACCUCGCUCGACGAACACGGCCUGGCCAUGAAGGCGCGCUGGGUCACCAAGCCUCCCAACUCGCGACGCAUCUCCAGCCAGUCGAUGACCUCGCAGCCCUCACCUGGUCUCCCACCCGCCAAAGACGACGCAAAGUGGAACUUCAGCACCAUCGACGCCAACUCCAGACGCCAUCCCAUCAUUGCCAGCAUGACGCGAACCCGCAUCGACGUGAACGACUCGUAUGCAAUGCCCGCCGCAACGCAGCCUUCAACACCUGGUGCGCACCUUCCUCCCUCGCCCGCACUCACACCUGCAAGCAUCGACGCCGGCUCUUUCCUCCAAGUCACCGACCGAUUCCCAAUCCAGACCGAAGAGGCACUGCGACGCUUCAUUGUGGUCAGCGGCAUCUGGGUCUCGUCUCUCCACGAAAACUACGAGCAUGUCAGCCUGCCGCUCUGUCCCUCGUUCAACCAUUCUGGUAGCAUUCGCCACCCAAUGUGCCGCGCAGCGUCCAUGUCCUUCCUUGAAUCGCCGCGCUCCGCAUCUCCAGCCUCGACGGACGACACGGAAAAGUCUAUUCCUAAGCUGCUUCGGCAUACUUCGCACAGAUUGAACCGCCACGCAAGUUUCUCCAUGGAGCCUCCUGCUUCGCCAAUGUCGGCUGAGAUGGCUCCUUCUUCUCCUGCUACCAAGGCUCGCCCACGUCGCGCAAACUCUACUGGAACACACAAUCUCUUCAGCAUGACGGGCAGCCUGAAGAGACGAUACGGCAUUCCGUCACAGGUCGAGACUCUCUCAGAGGCCGAAGAAGACAAGGAGAACAAACGCAGUGAGGAGAUAGUGCGGCUUAAGCAGUUGGCACUUCCCACACCGAUCGAGCUAUCGCCAUCUGGAAUACCUGCGGCAGAAGCUCCUCCGCGACCUCCAGUUCUGAUCAUACUCCCACCCACCGUCAUCCGCCCCUCAGCCGACGGACUCUCAUCCCCCAUGCUCCUCCCAUCACCGCAGCUUCCGGACUCGGACCGAAAGCGCAAGACCCAAUCGGCCUUCAACCCCAUCACGACUGCUGGUCUGUGGGACUCAGGCGUCAUUGACGGACCGGGCUUGAAGCGGCGCCCGACUAGCAUGUUCGUCAUGAACGAGCGCAAGAAGAAGGAGGAGAAGAAGCGCGGUCGGAGUGAAGGCAAGAUGAAGAAUCAGGAGAGAGGUGCGACAGAUCGCAGCACGAGCAAGGAGGACUUGAAGAAGGGUCACAAGAAGAACGAAAAGGACUGCACAGGCAUAGGGAGGAAGCUGAAGAAUAGUCUCAAGGGCAUGUUCGGCCGCAAGGCCUGA